AUGUUUGAUGUGCCUAUAAUAUCAAUGAAAUCAAAAAAUAACAACGAUGAUCUUGCUAAUAAUAAUAGUAAUAAUAAUAAUACAAGAGAUAUAAAUCCAUCAUCCUAUGAAUCUUUGAAUAAUAUCAACGGUCCUUCAAUAAAUCAUCAUAAUCCAAUAUUUAUACAACAUAAUAAUAAUAAUAACAAUUCAGAUUUCUCCACAACAUCACAAGCGCUGGCAGCCGCUAAACAACCUGCAAUAAUUGCUGCUCAAAGACAUCUAACUAAUGCUGAAGUUUCACGUCAAAUUUCUGAUAUGUGGAGAAAUGAAACUGAAGAAGUCAGAUUAAAUUGGGAGAGAUAUGCAGAUAGAAAAAAGCUCGAGCACAUGCAGAUUUAUCCAAAUUACGUUUACCGUCCCAACAAGAACAAAUCAAAAGUUGAUAAACGUCGUCAACGUAGACAAACUUCAAUGUCCUCUGCAAAAGAAUUGGCCAGCAUCGAAUCUUCUUCUUUAGUCAAUACCAAUGAUGAUAAUAAUAAAUCUAAUGUAGAAACUAACGUUAAUAGUGGUAGCACUGGGCCCAUGCGUAGAAAAUCAAAAAAUAACAAGGUUCCUAUUAAAGUAGAAAUAAAUCCACAAAUGGCCUAUGAUAUUAUUAAUGGAUACAAUAUGCAAUCACGACAACUUAGCGAUUCCUCUUCAUCCAAUAACAAUUAUGCUUCAUCUACACCUACUCCCACCACCGCCACACCCACAACUGCCUCCGCAAUACUUCCAAGUCCUUUGUUAGCAAGCCAAUAUACUGAUGUCCACAAUCAUCAUCAACAGCAACAAGAAUUCGUUCCAUCACAAAACGCCUCCACUCACACCACACCUUUAACACCCAUAACACCUCCAAGACAACAAGCUAUUAUUUGUAAUAACGAAUUUAAAUUUCGUCAACAACCACAGCAGCUUCAACAACAGCAUGAUCGUCAAUAUCAAAAUAACAUGUUAACUUACGUCCCAUCGAACGAAGGGGGCAUUAAUCAUCCUCUUUCACUUCCAAUUACAUUUGCCCCCAAUGCCUCAUUCAAUGGAUUAACUACAUUUCAUCAAGCCUCUGAAGAAUAUCAUCCUCAUCAAUCAAUUGACCCAUUACUUUGCUUCGUUCCCGAUUUCUUUCCUAAACCACGUAUUCCGUCAGGUGAUGAAAAUAAUGGAUUAACACUUACUAGAGGUCCAACCCAAGCAUCUCCAUGCGCUGGUCUCAAGAAAGGUCCCGCGUUGGCAAACUUUCGCCCAGGGCAAUCGAUUAACGUUUUGUGGGAAAUCGGUGCAGCACAUGGUGGAAAUUGUACAAUCGAAUUGUCGAAAAACGUCAACGAUUCAAAUUUUAAGAAAUUAAAAACUUUAACCGAUUGCGCCAAUGUAGUUGGAAACAAUUUGAGUGCAAAAGUUGACUUACCAAGAAAUGUUGAAUGCGAAUCGUGUACUUUGAGAUUCCGUUGGGAAGCAAAGACUACCAAUGAAUUAUAUCUUAAUUGUGCUGAUAUUAAGAUUAGUCGUAAAAAAAAUAAACGCCGUUCAUCGCAAUACUUUGUAUCAUUAUGUUCUGAUAUGUACAAAGCCAAUUUUACAAAUUUCAUAUCAGCAUGUCUUGAUUUAAAAACAUUAGAAAAUUUCCGACCAACUUCAACUCGUUGA